CGCAGGUAAUGCUCCACGGCAGGGUGGUCAGUGUUUCCCCCUCCCUCCUCCUCCUCGAUCUGCAAAACAGCAUUUUGCUGAAGCUCCCUGACUUGCCUCCCCGACCCUGCUCGGUGAGUGAAGCUGAACGAGCUGCCCAUCAGCUUAAUCUGAUCGUGAACAAGCUGACAAACCUUUAAUAGCUGAAAUGGCUGUUACCUAAUUUAUAAAUUCGGUAAUAAUACCGCUGUUGUAUCAAGGAACUUGUGUAUAAACUAACCUUGGCACUAGUUGCUAACUACAGAGGUGACACCAAUGCAUUGUGUUUCCCUGGAUUGAUUCUCUUCCUCUACAGUCUGACUUCGCAACCAGCCUAAUUAUCUGCAACAUGAAUAUCUUGGUGGUGUUCUUCCUGCUUCAAUGGGCAAAAGCGAAUCUCGGCCAAAGUGCAAACUUGCGGCCCAACUACGUUCUUUUCGUGGCGGAUGAUCUCGGUAUCGGAGACUUGGGAUGUUAUGGAAACACCACUCUCAGGACCCCUCAUAUAGACAGCCUGGCAGAGGAUGGAGUGUUGUUGACCCAUCAUGUAGCUGCAGCUUCAUUGUGCACCCCAAGCAGAGCGGCCAUUCUGACAGGUCGAUACCCAGUCAGGUCAGGAAUGACCUCCUUCCACAGAAUUGGUGUCUUCAUUUUUGCAGCAGGGUCAGGUGGGCUUCCCACCAAUGAGACCACCUUUGUCAAGCUGUUGAAAGAGCAAGGCUACUCCACUGCCUUAAUAGGGAAGUGGCACCUUGGUUUAAAUUGUGAAACAAGUGAUGAUCACUGUCAUCAUCCAGCUCGCCACGGGUUUGAUUACUUCUACGGCCUGCCGUUGACUAAUCUGCGCAACUGCAAGCCCAACGGCAGCAACGUCUUUAUCAUGGGAUCUCAGCAUGUCAUCCAUACCACUCUCCAGCUCGUUACCCUGGCACUCUUCACGCUGCUGCUCCUGGACUACCUGGCACUCCUGAGGGUACCUUGGAGAACUCUGGGUUCUGUCUUCCUGGCCGCGGCACUGCUGCUUGUCGUUCUGGUGCUCUUCUUAUCCCAGUUUCGCAACCUCAACUGCAUCCUGAUGCAAGAUGAGAAAAUCAUUCAGCAGCCCUUUUCGUUUGACAACUUGACGCAGAGAAUGACCAGUGAGGCCAUAAGCUUCUUGGAACGCAACUCAGACCAUCCAUUUCUGCUCUUCAUGUCCUACAUACACGUCCAUACGGCACUGUACGCCUCCCAGGAAUUUUUAGGGAAAAGCAAGCAUGGUUUGUAUGGGGACAGCGUGGAGGAGAUGGACUGGAGUGUAGGACAAAUCCUGUCUUCAUUGGAAAGGCUCAAACUAAGUAAGCAGACUCUGGUCUACUUCACUUCAGACCAAGGUGCCCACGUUGAAGAGAUUUCUGACAGUGGAGAGAUGCACGGAGGAUGGAACGGCAUCUACAGGGGAGGGAAGUCCACCAACUGGGAAGGUGGGAUCCGGGUUCCAGGUCUCCUCCGAUGGCCUGGAGUCCUGACAGCGGGCAAGAGAGUCCAUGGACCAACCAGCAACAUGGACCUCUUCCCAACAAUCGUCAACCUGGCCCAAGCCAAGAUGCCAAGUAAUCGGAUCAUUGACGGCCGGGAUUUAAUGCCUUUACUCAGAGCGGAAGUGGAGCAGUCAGAGCAUGAAUUUCUCUUCCAUUACUGUAACAGUUACUUAAGUGCUGUUCGCUGGCAUCCAAGGAACAGCUCCGCUGUAUGGAAAGUACACUUCUUCACACCUAACUUCAACCCAGAGGGGGCACAAGGCUGCUUUGACACAUACGUUUGCCAGUGCUAUGGACGAUACAUCAGCUACCACGACCCACCUUUGCUCUACGACCUACUGAGUGACCCAUCAGAGACGGCACCUCUGACGCCCACCUCUGAGCCCCGCUACCACCAGAUCCUGGCGGUGAUGUCAACAGCGGUGGAGGACCACCAGAAGGGUGUGACGCCCGCCCCCAACCAAUUGUCUCUGGCUAACAUACUGUGGAAACCGUGGCUGCAGCCCUGCUGUAGUACCCUGUGGGAGCACUGCCACUGUGGCAAGGAAGGGGGCAAGAGUGCACCACAGGAUGGCACAGUGGAUUCAGACUAUCCCCCGACGGAGGCCUGACUGGGACCAUAAUCCAGAUCCAUGAGGUGCCGGC